AUGGCGAUCAUAUUACCAGUUAUAAGCUACGUAGUGGAUGAGAUCUUAUUGGAGUUUCUAUCAAAGAGCCAAUAUGGAGACCAACUCUCCGCUAGUAAUGAUCUUGGUGCAAACCAAAACAAUAACAACAACAACAAAGACGACAAUAACAACAACAAGAAAUCCUCCCAGGAUGAGUUUAAAGAAGAUGUAUUCAACUGGGCUGAUGAACCAUGGACUCCCUGUGAUGAUGUUGAGGUUCCUGACUGGGCCAAGAUGGAAGAUCUGACGACUGACGACUUCCAAUCGGAGUUGAUAUGGGCAGAGGACCCAUGGACCCAGGUACCACUCGUUGGUCUUCCAUCUUGGAUGUUGCUUCCAGGGAUCGACUACCCUGUAGAAACAGAAGAACCCGUGGUAUAUACUCCAGACAAUGGCGAAGAUGAUGCUGCAUUUUUAGCAUCUGGUAUAGAUAUUGCCAACUGGAGUGACGAACCUUAUUUCCAGUCACCUCUAGAUGUGCCAAUUUGGGCCCUGCUCCCCGGUAUUGACUAUCCAGUUCGUCAUGGAUAUAACAGCCCCUACUGGACGUAUAAAUUGAACCAAUACAACAGUUCAAGACGAGAGUUUGGAAAGAAAAUGUUUGCCAGACAAUUACCAACGUUAAGAGAGGAACGGAUUUUGUAUAACAACAAUGGACAGUCCAAGCUGUGUGUACCUGGAAAUUUUCAGAGAAGAAAUCACAGAUUUUAA